AUGUUCCUCGACCCCCUCAGUCUGUUCCUCCACAUGCCCCACAUGCUCCGCCUCCUGUUCGCAGCCAAACUUCGCUCCCUACCGAAGCUGCUCCUCGUCCGCCGAGCGCACCGGGAGCAGAAACUUCGAGGUCCUCCCACCCUCCUGCGCAGGCUUGAAGCUUUGGCGUUCAAAGUCAUGCGACUUAAUCGCCCUUCCUUCCACCAGGCUGGUUUCACCGCCGGGCUGCAAGCGCUCAGGGAGACUGCGAGCGAUCAAGCAGAGCAGGCGACCGGUCACCUUCCUCAUUCCGAUGCAGAAGGAUGUCCCAGCGAGAACCUCCUCCUCCCCACUGGCUUCGGCAACAUCUACUUAGGAGAAACCUUCACUGCUUACAUCAGCGCUUGCAACACAAGUGGUAGCCGGCUGAUGCGGCUAGAGAUCAGGGCAGAAAUCCAGACGGGCACCAAGCGCGUCCCGCUGCUGGACGGCAAGCCGGAGACUGUGCUGGCGCAGUUCGAGUCCAACCAGCAAGUUGACUACAUCGUGUCCCACGAGCUGAAGGAAGCAGGUGUGCACAUAAUGAUUUGCUCGGGAAGCUACCUGGAUGCUUCAGGGGAGGAGAAGAAGGUCCGACAAUACUUCAAGUUCCAG